UAGAGCCCACGCACCAACGACCGCCAACGUUCUGCUCCUGCCAAUCCAGCCGAAAUGGCUCCUCUCUUUAUCCUCACCGAGACGUCGGCCGGCUAUGCGCUUCUCAAGGCCAAGGACAAGAAGCUGCUGCAGCGGGAUGCGUCCGACAUGGCGAGCGCAGAGCAAAUAUGCAGCCUGCUCAAGCUGAAGAAGUUCGACAAGUAUCCUAAUGCCACCACCGCACUCGACGAAACUGCUGCCAUCACCGAAGGAAAAGUUACCCCACGCCUCGCCCAACUGCUCGAUACCCUCAAAGAUGAGACCAAGGCCUCCCUCGCCGUCGCCGACCCCAAGCUAGCGAAUGCGAUCAACAAGCUCCCAGGCCUGUCCCUCGCACCCGUUGCCGACUCGACUACCUUUGACGUCUACCGAGCUAUCAGAGAGCACCUUACGUCUCUGAUUCCUGGACUUCUGCCGAGCGACGUCAACACUAUGAACCUGGGUCUAUCGCAUUCCUUGAGCCGACACAAGUUGAAGUUUUCACCCGACAAGGUCGACACCAUGAUUAUUCAAGCUAUCGCGCUUCUCGAUGACCUCGAUAAAGAACUAAACACCUACGCUAUGCGAGUCAAGGAAUGGUACGGAUGGCAUUUCCCCGAGAUGGCCAAGAUCAUCAACGACAACGUUGCGUACUCUCGAGUUAUUCUCCAGAUGGGUAUGCGCACUGACGCUCACUCGACCGACCUGUCCACUAUAUUGCCCGAAGAGAUCGAAGCGGCCGUGAAGGCGGCUGCUGAAGUCAGCAUGGGCACCGAAAUGACAGAGGAGGAUCUAGACAGCAUUAAGAUGUUGGCUGAACAAGUGGCCAUGUUCACCGAGUACCGACAGCAGCUCUCAUCUUACCUUACCGCUCGCAUGACCGCAAUUGCUCCAAAUCUGACAGCCUUGGUUGGCGAGUUGGUCGGUGCACGGCUUAUCGCUCACGCUGGCUCCCUCAUGAACCUUGCCAAGUCUCCCGGUUCGACUGUGCAAAUCCUCGGUGCUGAGAAGGCCCUCUUCCGCGCUCUGAAGACCAAACACGAUACUCCCAAAUACGGACUUAUCUAUCACGCUUCGCUGAUCGGCCAAGCCACCGGCCGCAACAAGGGAAAGAUUGCCAGAAUGCUCGCUAGCAAGGCCGCGCUUGGGCUUCGUGUUGACGCGCUGGCGGAUUGGGGCACUGGUGGUGAGGGCAAGGGAGUCGAGCCUACGGAAGAGGAGAAGUCCGCGAUGGGACAUAUGCACAGAGUACAGAUCGAGAGGAGGCUACGAGCACUCGAAGGCAAGCCGCUCAAGGCUAUGGGCUCAGGCAUUCCACCACUUCAAAGCGGCACCGGCAAAUGGGAGGUCAAAGAAGCCCGGAAGUACAACGCAGAUGCGGACGGUCUCGCCGGGGAUGAGCCCGCAGCAGCGAAGAAGGCGAAGAAGGCGAAGACGAACGGCGUAUCCAAGGACGUCAAGAUGAUUGAAGAAGUCGACAGUGACAAUGAGUCCGAGAGCGCGGACGCUGGCGCAUCAGAUUCCGAGUCGGAAGCGGAGUCUCCCAAGGUCUCGAAGAAGGCGAAGAGCAGCAAGGGCGACGCAGAACUCAGCAAGGCCGACAAGAAAGCAGCAAAGGCCGCCGAAAAGGAAGCGAAGAGGAAGCGCAAAGCCGAAAAGGCCGCGAAGAAGGAGGCUAAGCUAGCUAAGAAGGCAGCCAAGGAAGCGAAGAAGUCGAAGACCGAGUCAGCACCAGAAGGCAAGAAGCGGAAACGGGAUGACGACGGCGAGAAGGUCGAGAAGAAGAAAAAGAAGAAGAGCAAGGACUAGGCUGCUGUACCUUGCGGUUGGUUGAUAUGCUAUGCGGUCGAGAUGAGCUGAGAUGGAUUUUCCUCGUUUCCAUUUGAGCUUCUCUAUAUCAUGCUAAAAGGAAUACGGCGUUUGUCUCUGGGUUUCUCUUUGUAUGUCGCUGAGAUAUACCGAGCCGGCGUGAGGGGAGUUGGGGCCGGCGGCACUGGACUUGUGCUCUCUUGCAUUUCUUCUCUCUAUUUUUGUGCUGUUCUGGACUGUAAGUAGGCGGUUGAACCUCAAACAUUGGCGACGCCUGUGGAUAUGGCUAGAUGUGACAAGAAUCCUGAAACCUUCAUUACUCUGCUCUCCACGUGACUUAAACUAGUUCGUACACGCAGCUGGGAGGACUUCAGAUAUGAGCGAAACCUAUCGUCAUAGCUAGCCUCCAGAUAUAUGAAAAAGAAACCCUUUAAC